GAAAAACUCCAAAAAGCCAAUAAUUAAUCUCUGUUACAGUCGGGGAUGAAAUGUCGAGUGUAACUGUUCCGUCCUUGCAGUUAUUCCAGAGCUUGACGCCGGGAACAAUGGCUAGAUUGGCCGAACCGGGGCGGUUCCCUUCACUUCCGUCUCCCUCUGGAGUCAAUUCUACUCGCCAUUCCGGACUCACUGCGAAGCUCAACUGCUGCUCGCGUCGAUGUAGGGGCGAAUCGAUGAAGUUGACUGCCGGGACUUGGGAUCGGACGCGCACCGGAGCUCCGGUCAGGGGCACAGGAGAGAAAAUUGAGGAUUAUUUACUAUGUGAUGGAGAGGAUACCGAUGGUUCCGUUGACAAGGAGGGUGAUAAUGCUUCACCAAAGGUUCCAGAACGAGACUUUACCGGCACCCCUUAUGUUCCUGUGUAUGUCAUGUUACCCCUGGGUGUCAUCGAUAUGCAAUGUAGGCUUGUAGAUCCUGACACUCUCAUAGACUACCUGCGGAUAUUGAAAUCAGUUAAUGUUGAUGGUGUUAUGGUGGACUGCUGGUGGGGUAUAGUAGAGGCAUUGUCUCCACAACAAUAUAAUUGGAAUGGUUACAGAACACUUUUUCAAAUUGUGCGUGACCUAAAGCUUAAACUACAGGCAAGUAACAGGUAACAUAGGACUGGUAGGAGAAGUAAAACUCUCAGCAUGUAUUCUUGUAUCUGCGUGGUAGUUUUCUAUUCCUUUUUAUAUUUGUGGUUUCUCUUCAAUUUCUAGCAACACAAUGUUGAGCUGGUACCAACUUUAUCUUGGAGAUAUAUUUGCAGGUGGUUAUGUCAUUUCAUGAAUGUGGUGCAAAUAUAGGCGAUGACGUUCACAUUCCGCUUCCAGAGUGGGUCACAGAGAUUGGGCAGAAAAAUCCAGACAUAUUUUUUACAGAUAGAGAGGGACGAAGAAACCAUGAAUGUCUCACUUGGGGAAUUGACAAGGAGCGAGUUCUAAGAGGCCGAACUGCAGUUGAGGUUUAUUUUGACUACAUGAGAAGCUUUCGAGUAGAGUUUGAUGAGUUCUUCGAAGCUGGUGUCAUAUCUGAAAUUGAAAUUGGACUUGGGCCAUGUGGGGAGUUGAGAUUUCCUUCUUAUCCAGCCAAACAUGGUUGGAGGUAUCCUGGUAUUGGUGAAUUCCAGUGUUAUGAUAAGUACCUGAUGAAGAGCCUGAAAAGAGCUGCAGAUGUCAGGGGUCACACAUUUUGGGGUAAGGGUCCUGAUAACGCAGGUUCAUAUAACUCCAGCCCACAUGAAACUGGGUUCUUUCGUGAUGGAGGUGACUACGAUAGCUACUACGGCAGAUUCUUUCUAAAAUGGUACAGUCAAGUUCUGAUUGAUCAUGCUGACCGCGUUCUUUCCCUGGCAAAUUUGGCCUUUGAAGACACUGCAAUUGCUGCAAAGUUAUCAGGUAUUCAUUGGUGGUACAAGUCAGCUAGCCAUGCAGCUGAAUUGACUGCUGGGUUUUAUAACCCGUGCAACCGUGAUGGGUAUGCUCCAAUUGCAUUGAUGUUAAAGAAGCAUGAAACUGCUUUGAAUUUCACGUGUGUUGAGUUGCGUACCAUAAACCAGAAUGAGGACUUUCCUGAAGCUUUGGCUGAUCCUGAGGGGUUAGUUUGGCAGGUGCUAAAUUCUGCAUGGGAUGUAAACAUACCAGUUGCUAGUGAGAAUGCGCUUCCUUCCUAUGAUAAAGAAGGUUAUAACAAGAUUCUAGCAAAUGCAAAGCCAUGGAAUGAUCCAGAUGGAAGACACUUAUCGGCUUUUACAUACCUCAGGCUAAGCUCUGUUCUCAUGGAGAACCACAAUUUCCUUGAGUUUGAGAGGUUUUUAAAAAGAAUGCAUGGGGAACCAUUGUCCAAUUAGAAUUUGUAUGGGGAAUGAAGAUUUUAGAGUAGACCCUACCUGUUAAACUGAGCUUGAAGAUAACAGUCAUCUGAGAUUGAAGAUAUGCAACAAUGGGCUAAAUAUGAAGAGAGCAUUAGCCCUCUGUUUGGUUAUAUACCCUAUGUUUGUAGAUAACAGGGGAGAAAGAAAAAAACAAAAAAAAAAGUCUAGUUGCUUGUUUUUUUUGGCUAUGGUUCAUCAGGCACAUGGCAAGGUAUGGCACACUUUGUAUGAUAAUUUGACAAGAGGUUUGUGUAUUUGCAGCAAAAGCUACAUUUUAG